AUGCCUGCAUCACUACAUACGCUACCUGUCGAACUGUUUUAUAGAAUUCUUGAUCAUCUCAAUGAAGUAACAAUUCUCAUAUCAUGCCGUAAUGUCUGUACAAGACUUAAUGACAUAAUAGACAUAUACCAUCGAUAUCAAACACUCACUACAUUGGAUCUCAGAUACAAUAAAAUAGAUGAUGGAAGAGUACAAGCUUUAGCCACCGCUCUACAACAAAAUAAAACACUCACCACAUUGAACCUACCGAGCAAUGAAAUUGGUGAUAAAGGAGCACAACAUUUAGCUAAUGCUCUUCAACAAAACAGAGCACUCACUGCACUUGAUCUCGGAUGGAAUCGGAUCAAUGACCAAGGAGCACAACAUUUAGCCGAUGCACUACAAGACAACAAAACACUUACAACAUUUGACUUCUCUGGGAAUCAGAUUGGUGAUCAAGGAGCACAACAUGUAGCCAAUGCUUUACAACAAAACAAAACACUUACAACAUUGAACCUGUCGAACAAUAAGAUCAGCGAUCAAGGAGUACAAUAUUUAGCUAAUGCUCUACAACAAAACAAAACGCUCACAACAUUGAACCUGUCGCGCAAUGAAAUCAGUGAUCAAGGAAUACAACAUUUAGCCAUUGCUCUACAACAAAACAGAGCACUUACUACACUUGAUCUCGAAUGGAAUCAGAUCAAUGACCAUGGAGCACAACAUUUAGCCAAUGCUCUACAACAAAACAAAACACUUACAACAUUGAACCUAUGGCAUAAUGAAAUCGGUGAUCAAGGAGCAGAGUAUUUAGCCAAUGCUUUACAAAUAAACAAGACACUCACUACACUUGGCCUUUGGUGGAACCAAAUUCAUGAUCAAGGGGCACAACAUUUUGCUAAUGCUCUACAACAAAACAAAGUAGCAUGA